AACAUAUAAUUAUUAGAAGUGCGUUUUAAGCAUUUCAUUUGAUUACCAGUAAAAAGUUGUUUUUAUACUUGAAAUAUCUUGAAAGUUUCUGUAUUAUUUUCUCAUAUUUUGAAACAAUAGAAGCAGGUUUUUGAACCUUUAGAUUCGGCAAUUAUUAUGACAAUGCCUACAAUGGGUAAUAAAUCAGUAAUAAAAUCAGCAAAAUUAUAUUCACUAUUAUUGCACGAUUAUCAUAUAUAUAAUGCGACAAUCUAGGCGGAAAGUUUGCACGCUAAAUCUUUGACAAUGUUGGCUUAUAUAUUUCUUUGUUGUCUAGCUGUUCAAAGUGCAUAUGGAGAGUUAAAUGGAUUUGAGUUAUUUGAUAGUGACUGUGGCGAGAUUUGUCCCGAAGUAUGGGAACCCGUGUGUGGAUCUGACGGUAUAACAUACGGUAAUGCUUGUGUAUUCAACAUUGCACAGUGCCGAAACGAAGAACUAACACUAGCUGCUCCUGGACCUUGCCUCGUCUAGAUAAAUGGAUCAACAAUAAAGAUGAAGUCGGCAGUUCUGUUUAUAUAAUUUAAAACUUCCAAAAUAUUUCACUUUUACCGUAUCUUGUAUAAACUUCUUACACGUAAAAAUAAAUUAUAUUGCUUCCAAUUACAGAGAUUAUCAAAUUAUAUAACCAUAAUGACAGGUGUUUUCUAUUAAUGAACAAAAUAUGGACUUCUCAAAUUCGCAGUGCAUGUUGAGAUAUUCUUGAAUAUAUAUUAAACACCAAUUCUGUUAACUUAUAUACAUGUACAUGUAUAAAUCCAUCAAUUACAUGCGAUAAUAGCAUGUACAAACAAUAUUAAGAAUAAGAGAAAACCAUCUUAGGUUGUUGUAUUGCUUUAUAAAAGUUUUGU